AUGUUGCACGGGUGCUCGCUCCUCCGCUCAAACGCCCUCCACAACCCCGGCCCGUUUUUGGACGGGGCGCUUCAGCUCAUAAAACUGCACUUGGCGCACAAGAACGCGACGGCUGACGGCAACGCAACGGCGUGCCGUGCCAUCGAGAGCGAGUUCCUGCGGGAGGUUGAGGUGUUUCGCCCGUGCUUCACGAUGUCGUCCUCGCUGACGGUGGCAAAGCUUUACACGAAGAAGCUGCACGGCGCCUUGUCGUACUUCCGCCUCCACGAUGACCCGCUCAUGCGGCAGUUGGACCUCAUCCUGGGAAAGCAGAGUAUGCGCCACUCCGCAAGUGGCCACAGCGGCCUUUUUAAGGCCUCCGUUGCGGCGCAGUCGGGCGCCGUUUCCCCGCUGGAGGAGCGGGAGGAGACGGUGCUGCCAGCGGAGCUGCCCCACCCGCCCAAGCCGGACCCCGCAGCCACGCCGCGGGAGGGCGCACUUAAGCUGCCGCUGCGCCACCGCGGACACUGGGUGCUGCGGGACCCGGAGAUCGCCAUCACUCGGGCGGAGCGGCGGAGUGACCCCUGGUAG